AUGAGAAGGAGGGAGAGCGAAGGGCGGAGGAGGAGGGAGAGAGGAGGAGGAGGAAGAGGGAGAAAGAAGGAGGAGAUGGAGGGAGGAAAAGGAGAUGGAGGUAAUAUGAGGUGGUGGAGGAGGUGGAGUUGGAGGGAGGAGGAGGUGUUGGAGGAGGUGGAGGGAGAAGGUGGAAGAGGAGGUGGAGGGAGGAGGUGGUGGACGGAGGAGGGAGGUGGAGGGAGGAAGAGGAGGAAGAAAGAGGUGGAGGGAAGAGGUGGAGGUGGACGAAAGAGGAGGAGGAGAAGAGAGGAUGAGGUGGAGGGAGGAUGA